GCUAGGUAUUCAAAGCUAUUGAAAUUUUAUAAUAUCCAAGUGGGAUACAAGUCAUUCACAGUUUGGUAUACAAAACCAAAUUUAUUAUCCUUUGGAUAUUGGGAUACUACCAAUUUCAGACCCUGGAUAUUCUGAUUAACCCAUUGGCAAUUAAACAGCAAAAAAAUGUAAUAAGGCUAAUUAUAGUAAUAAUGGGAGUUUGCCAUGACAAUUCUGCCAAGGCAGACUUCCAGCACCUUUCAUACUGAUAAUCAGUGGAAAAAAGGACAUAGGCCUAUAUUCUAUAAUUGUACCUAUAUAAUUUGCAGAUAGAAUAUUUUAAAAACAGAGAAGGCCUUCUAUUAAAACUUUCUACUAUAUUGGCAUAUACACUCAGACAAAGUGCCAAUAUAAGUAUAUAUAAACAUAUAUAAAUUACUGUAAAACGAUUUUUAGAUUUUACAAUAUAUAAAAUAUAAUUAUAUCAAAUUAUUGUUUAUUGUUUAAUACCUUUUCGGACGACUUUCACAAAAGUUAUUUGACAUGUAAAUGUAUCCUUUAUUCUUUAUUGCACUAAACGACCAUAAAUGUACGUAAACUUCGACUCGAAAAUUCCCACUCUACAAGAUCAUAGACAAGACGGAAGAUCCUUUAUAUAUAAAUGCCGCCAUUUUAAAGUCGAGUACUGUCACCAUCUACCGCGCGCGGGAACUUUAAGAUAGAACAACACGAAUACAGCUACGGUUAAGUUCUGUUCUCCUUGUAUACAAAGUAAAAAAAUCUUUUAAACAAAAUGCCAUCAUUCCAAGAAGUGUGCGAUAUGCCUUGAUAAUUGCUCUGGCUGAUGAAAUUAUAAGCGAAGAGGAAUUUGUUGUUUUAUUUGCACAGUACAAACCUCAAAAUCCAGAAUUUCCUUACUGGACAUACGAUGGGUUCGAUUUUGAAAAUUUGGAUCCCCAUGAAUGCAAAGCGGAAUUCAGGUUUGAAAAACAUGACCUGCCUCUUUUAAAGCAAUCGCUUCGUAUUCCAGACAGAUUUGUUUGUCCUCAAGGAACUGUUUGUAGUGGAAUGGAAGGCUUGUGUAUUUUGUUGAAAAGACUAAAUUACCCUUGCCGUUACUUAGAUAUGAUUCACAGUUUUGGUCGUCCUGUUCCAGAAUUAUGCAUGAUCACUAACACCGUCCUCGACUGGGUAUACACAACACAUGGCUAUCGACUUACAUCAUGGAACCAACCAUUUCUUUCGAGAGAGUGCCUUGAGAGUUAUGCAAUAGCAAUUGCUAGAAAAGGUGCACCCCUCAGGAAUUGUUUUGGUUUUGUUGAUGGAACAGUUCGACAGAUCUGUCGCCCAGGGAAGAACCAACGGGUGGUAUAUAACGGCCAUAAGAGAGUACAUGCCCUCAAAUUUCAGGCUGUGGCUUUACCUAAUGGUAUUGUUGCUAAUUUGUUUGGUCCAGUCGAAGGUCGGCGUCAUGAUGCAGGCAUGCUCAAAGAUUUAAAUGUUCUUGCUGCCUUGCAACAAGUGGCAUACAAUCCAGCUGGUGAUGUUUUAUGCACUUAUGGGGACCAAGCCUAUCCACUAAUUCGCCCGCAACUGAUGUGUCCAUACAAAAUAGGUGAUGUACAGGUGCUUACUCCUCAAAUGAGAGCCUUCAAUAAAGCCAUGAGUGAG